AUGUUCGAGUUCGCGAGCAAAACGUAAACUACUUCACUCUGCACAAGAUCUCCAACGUAAACGUUUUUUGGUAUAUUUAAAUAUAAUAAAAGAAAUUAGUAAUAAUUUUAGAUGUUUUAAAAGUGAAAGACUCUGCCGAGAGUAUCCGCAGUAGCAGUUAUGGAUGAAGGAGAGUACACGGCGUCAUCUUCAGCCGGCGGUGGCGGCGCCAAAAAAUCUGGCGUGGGUAAACAGCAUAAUACCUUGCCAUUUUGGGGCAAUGAGACAUCAAUGAAUCUGAAUCCCCUCAUUUUGGCCAAUAUACAAAGUUCCAGCUAUUUUAAAGUGCACUUGUUUAAACUGAAAACCUAUCAUGAGGUUGUCGAUGAGAUCUAUUACCAAGUCAAGCACAUGGAGCCAUGGGAGCGAGGCUCACGCAAAACCUCCGGCCAGACGGGCAUGUGCGGCGGUGUGCGUGGCGUUGGGGCUGGCGGUAUUGUUUCGACAGCCUAUUGUCUGCUCUAUAAGCUAUAUACUCUACGCUUGACCCGCAAACAAAUAAACGGUUUGCUCAACCACACGGAUUCGGCCUAUAUACGGGCACUAGGCUUUAUGUACUUACGCUAUACCCAACCACCGGGUGAUCUUUAUGAAUGGUAUAAGGAUUAUCUACAGGAUGAAGAAGAAAUUGAUGUCAAGGCAGGCGGCGGCCAGGUUCUUACCAUGGGUCAAAUGGUUUAUCAAUUUAUGACCAAAUUGGAUUGGUUCUCCACACUUUUUCCACGCAUCCCGGUGCCCAUUCAAAAGCAAAUUGAAAAGAAAAUUGAGCAAUAUUGUCGAGAGGAGGGGAUAACUGUGAAUCAGUUAAGCACAGGGCGUACUGCAGCGGGAGCAACACCAGGAGGUGCUGUUAAUGCAGGCGGUGGUGGUAAUCCUGAUGAUAAUGAUUACCAGGAAUGGAAUGAGGGUGGUGGUGGUGGUGGUGGUGGUGUUGGGGUUAGUGGUGUUGGUUUAGGGGUAGGCGGCGGCGGAGGUGGGUGUGGCCCUGGCGGACGAUCAGCAUCUCGUCCAGCCAACUAUCGCAAUGAUCACGAUGAUCGCGAUCACAGAGGGCCCCCCAUUCGUGGCUAUGAUUAUGAUGAAUAUCCACCUCCAAUGGCUGCCCAGCAGAUGCUUUACCCUGGCGAUCGGGUUAGGGAGCGGGAUCGUGAAAGAGAUCGCGAUCGCGAUCAAGGUCGUGAGCGAGAGCGUCACCGUAGCAAACACAAGAAAAAGCAUAAACAUCGGCAACACUCCAGAAGUCGUAGCCGUAGCCGGAGCAGAAGUAGUAGGCAUGAAAAGAAAAUACGAGACGGUAGCGAAAGAAGCAGCCGGCACAAUCGCCACAAUGAUCACUACGAUGAUAGGGAGAGAAGAUAUAGGUGAAGAUCGUGGACUUCUUCCACAAUUUGUUCACCACCUGCUCCACCUUGCAACAGUUGUUUUAUAUUAUAUAUAUAUAUUUUUUUUUAAUUUCCUAGCCGAUUCUUAUACUUUUAUGGUCGAAGAACCACACAAUCAAUUUUUUAAUUAUACAUAUAAAUGAAGUCGCUUUUUUCGGCUUCCUACUCAGGUUACACGCACAUCCACACACUCAGACACACACCCACAAACACACACCCCCUCCCCUCACAGACAAACAACUAGCAUAAUGGCUAACAAAUAUUUUGUAAUUUUUGCUGUUUAAUUAUAGAUUUAAAGUUGAGUUUUUUAAAGUGCGCAGAUAUAAAUAAAGUAAAAAGUAAAUAUUUGUUUAAAAGAAAGGAAUAAAUAAAUAAUAAAAAUGUUA